AUCCGCAGCAACACAGUCCCCCAGCGGAGCGGGGCGCGCCGAGCCAGGAGCUACGAGCCGAGCACCGGGCUGGGGCCGGGGCCGGAGCGCAGUGGAGAGGGAGUGCGCCCGCCCCAGCCCGAGGUCCGCCGCUGCUGGGCCGGGAGCCAUGGAGCCGCCGGACAACAGCCCACGGAAGAUCCAGUUUACGGUCCCGCUGCUGGAGCCGCACCUGGACCCGGAGGCGGCCGAGCAGAUUCGGAGGCGCCGCCCCACCCCUGCUACACUUGUGCUGACCAGUGACCAGUCGUCCCCAGAAAUAGAUGAAGACCGGAUCCCCAAUCCACUUCUCAAGUCUACAUUGUCAAUGUCUCCACGGCAACGGAAGAAGAUGACAAGGACCACACCCACCAUGAAAGAGCUCCAGACAAUGGUUGAACAUCACCUAGGGCAACAGAAGCAAGAGGAAGAACCUGAGGGAGCUACUGAGAGCACAGGGAACCAGGAGUCCUGCCCACCUGGGAUCCCAGACACAGGCUCAUUGUCAAGGCCAGAUACCCCUGGGACAGAACAAAAGCCUGCAGAAUCCAACCGCAAGACUCAGGAGCAGUGUGGUGUGGAGCCCAGCACAGAGGACCCUUCAGCCCACAUGCUACCACUGGAUUCCCAGGGAGCCAGCUUGGUCUGAAAGAAGUUGGCAUCCGGGGAUCGCCACUGCAGUGUGGAAAUUCAUGGACACUGGAUGUUUCUUAAUCUCUUGUUUUUAAAAGUGAUAAAUUUGAUGUUAGGUCCUUGGUGCUUUUCUUCUUUCCAGCCUGGGGAUUCCUUCCUCCCUCAGCUCUUGUCUGCACCCCACAGCCCCCACCCUCAGGACCAAUUAAGGAAGGAAAUAGCAAACUGACAAAAGCCUAGCCUCCACUAACAUAAAGAAAAAUAGAAGUCUGGAAGUAGGAGGUCACUUCAAGGCUUUCCUUUCUUACUGUGGAAAGCUCUGCCCACAUAGCAGGGCAGCCUACUUGGGAGACUUCUGCUCUAAAGCAGGUACCUAGACCAGUGAGGGCUUGUUAUAGUGCCACCUGCUGGACAUAAAUGUGAAGAGCAUCUUGUCCCUAGAUCACUGAGAAAGGGGAUAUUUGGAAUCUUCUGGCCUCCAAUUGUGUGGCCACUGUUCCUUGUUCUAACCUGACACAAAGAUUGUCAGAAAACACAGUGGCUAGAAACCCAAAGGGCCACCUCUCCCACUGUCUUACCUGCUAAGGUCAGGACAAAAUUAAUACCAUGCACAAAUGGAGAAAUGAGCUCUGAUCCUAGCCAGGCUUCUGUUGCUGAUUCUGAUUUUCCCGAAGAAUUAAAGAGAUGAAGAGA